AUGUCAGAUAUCAUGAUAGAGAAUCAAGAUGAUAUUGUCAAAUAAAAUAUCAUAGCUGAAGGACAUGACUUUGAAAAUUCAUCUGAGCAAAGAUUACCAACUUUGAUGAAUCAAAGUUCUAUACCUUCUCCAGUUCUUAUCUCUGAAUACAAUCCUACAAAUACUGACUUAUUUUUAAAUACUCCAGUACCAAAAGGAAUCACUUUAGAAUGUGAUGUGAAAAUUAUAAAAGGAUGGUUUGGUCUCCACACAUUAUAUAAUUUCUAUCAUUCCAAGACAAAACAACUCCUACUAUAAGUGAGAAAAUAAUAAUGUCCAGGGAGUCACAAGUUUUAGUUGAGUAAAUCAGAAACUGAGCUCGAUCUUGUAGGAACUUUAGAGUCUAAUUUUAUUGGUACAGAAUUCAUUUUAUACUCUAAAGGGCUUUCACACAAGAAUACAAAUGAUUUAUAGACUUUAAGAUAAGAAUUAGCAUUCAUCCAAUAUGAAUAUCAAAUCUUAAAAACUAGAAGAAAUCUCUUUAAAGUAUUCAUUCCUUCUUUAAUAGAAGGUCAACCUUACAGAGUUGUUCCUCAAGAUGAGAAUACAGGAUUAAAAAUAAAAAGGAGAUUUAAAAAUAAAAGAAAUGAUGAAUAUUUUGAAUUUCAAACUUAAGAACCUGUUUGGAGUUCAAAACUUUAAUCAUUUAUACUACCAUUUAACUCUAGAGUAAAUAGUGCAUCUAUUCAUAAUUUUUUGCUUAAUUAAUUGAAGGAGGAUGACAGAUUAAGCAAAGAUAUCGCAAUAUAGUUUGGAAAGUGUGAUAACAAAUUAUUAAACAUUGAUAUCGCUUAUCCUUUCACUCCUUUAUAAGCAUUCUCAAUUAUUAUUAGCUAAUUGGAUAAUAAAUUAUUAGUCUGA